CGGGGAUGGACAGAGGCUGCGGGAUUGCUGCUGUCUCUGCUGCUCCAUCCACUCCAUUGAGGUCCUCUCCUCUCUCCCCUCUCAAGAUGGCAGCCAGCAGCUCUGAGGUCUCGGAGAUGAAGGUGAUAGAAGAGGGUCCCCAAACCCAAGGAGAAGGGCCUGGCCAUUCUGAAGCCGAAACUGGCCCUCUCCAGGUCCCAGCUGGGGUCCCAGAUGAGCCAGAGGCCCUGCAGCCCGGCCCAGACGACACUGGGGCCCCUGUGGACUCAGAAACCAAAGCUGGACUGGCUCCAGAAACCACAGAGACCCUAACUGGGGCCCCAGGAACAGCCCAGGCCAGAGACCUCAGCUCAAGUCCAGGAGGGGAGUCAAAUGCCAACCCCAGCCCCAAAGAAGCACACCAAGAGCCGGCACCCAAACCAGAAGCAAAUAAAGAGGCCACUGCAGACCAGGGGUCUGAUCUGGGGUCUACAGCCCCACUUGAGCCAGCCUCAGAGUCUGCUCCCCAGCUGGACACCCAGUCAGACCCUCAGCCAGACUGCCAGCCAGAUUCCCAGCCCACCCCCAAGUCAGCUCUUCAGCCAGAGCCCCCUACCCAGGAGGACCCCACCCCUGAGGUCCUGACUGAGAGUGUGGGGGAAAAGCAAGAAAAUGGGGCAGUGGUGCCCCUGCAGGCUGGCGAUGGGGAAGAGGGCCCAGCCCCUCAGCCUCACUCGCCACCCUCAACAAAAACCCACCCAGCCAAUGGGGCUCCUCCCCGCGUGCUGCAGCAGCUGGUUGAGGAGGAUCGACUAGGAAGGGCUCACAGUGGGCAUCCAGGAUCUCCCAGAGGUAGCCUGAGCCGCCACCCCAGCUCCCAGCUGGCAGGGUCUGGGGUGGAGGGGGGUGAAGGCACCCAGAAACCUCGGGACUACAUCAUCCUCGCCAUCCUGUCCUGCUUCUGCCCCAUGUGGCCUGUCAACAUCGUGGCCUUCGCUUAUGCUGUCAUGUCCCGGAACAGCCUGCAGCAGGGGGACGUGGAUGGGGCCCAGCGUCUGGGCCGCGUGGCAAAGCUCUUAAGCAUCGUGGCGCUGGUAGGGGGGGUCCUCAUCAUCAUCGCCUCCUGCGUCAUCAACUUAGGCGGUGAGUGGGGGUCUGGGACAGGCUGGGAGGAAUGGAAGGGUUGGCAAGGGCAGCUUUACUAACCCCUACCCCUGCUCUCUCCUGUCUGUCCUCCCUACUUCUCCUUUGUCUCUCCUUGUCUCCCCCUCCCCCCUACUGUCUCUGUCUGUCCCUCCCUCUCCUCUCCCACAGUGUAUAAGUGAGGGGCUCUGCCCCGCAUUCCAAGAUUUUUCUUCCUGUUGGGAGCUGCCUUGGGCCCAUCCUCCCCUGGGGGGAGCCCAAUCGAUGGCCCAGGCCCGCACCCAUAGGGACCAAGGGAGCCUGAGCGGCCUUGUUUACAGCCAGCUUCUUUCCUGCUCCUGCAUCCUGCCAGGCUCCUGUGCCAACCGUAGGCCUCUCUUCUUCCUGCACUGUUUCCAACCUCCCUGCACUUCUGCCUGCAUCCCCUCCAGCCUCUUGGCCUCCCUAUCCCUGCACUUCUGGAAACCUCCCUGCACUUCUGGAAAUCUCCCUGAAGGUCUCACAAACUCUCUCUGCUCUCACCCUCCCUGCACUCCUCCCAACUUCCCGAAUUCCCUGCACCUCAGCCCCAGUGUCCCCCUUUCAACUUUCACUGUCGUGGCAUAUUUCCCCAUUCCUUUCUUCCUUCUCCCCGGUAUCAUCUCUCCUUCUCCUUUCACACCUUCUGCCCCCUUCCUGCCUCAUCUCCCCUCAGCAUUUCUUCCUCCCCUCAGGAUCCUUUCCUCUUCCCUCUUGCCACCGUUUUCUCUGCAAAAACUCCAGCACGUAGGUCAGGCUGGGGGAGGGGAGCGGUAUCAGGGGAGGGCUCCCCAGCCUGGGUUCCGACUAUUUUCUGCUGGGCCCACCCAGGUCCUGACGCCCCCGGAGCGCCUCUGGGUCGCAGAGCUGGCAAGCCAGGCCUUGUCUGGGGACUUGUGCAGGGUGUCGUGCUCUCUUGCUAGCUCUGUUCUGAACACGCACCUGCGAGGAGGAAGGGGCGUGGCUGUUGACCCUCUCCGGUCAUCCCGAGUUGACCUGCCCCACCUGGGCUUUUUAACCCGGUCAGCGAGUUUCUUAAAGGCGUCGGGACUGGGGUCAUUCACGUGCUUUGUAGCGAAAGAACCCCGAAAUAGAUCCAAAGCUCCCAGAUGCAGGGAGCGAAUGAGGGGCGGGAAGCUCUAUAAUUAUUUUCCAAGAGGACGAGAGAGGUUUGUUGCACGCGACAGUCCGCUAGGGAGGCGGGGACCGAGCUAUGACGCUGUUUGGAGUUGGCGGGUUUUGUUUUCUUAAAAAAAAAAAAAAAAAAAAAAAAAAAAAAAGGCGUGGGG